AUGGGCAUGGAGUUCGCUACAGGGGCGACGAGUGCCCUCCUCCCCAAGCUGGGCGAGCUGCUCCGAGAGGGGUAUCACCUGAAGAAGCAUGUGAAGCAGGGGAUCAAGGACCUCAUGGCCGAGCUUGAAAGCAUGCAAACUGCCCUCGUCAAGGUGUCUAACGUCCCCUUGGACCAGCUUGAUCCUCUGGUCAAGCUUUGGGCCAAUGAGGUUAGAGAGCUACCUUAUGUCAUCGAGGACAGCCUCGACUCUUUCAUUGUGCACUUCGAGGGGCAUGAGCUACCCAAGCCCCACACCACCUUUGUGGCCUUCAUCAACAAUAUGCGCAACAAGAUCACUGAGUUCAAGAUGCGCAAAAAAAUAGCCAAUGACAUCAAAGACAUCAAGAGCCGCGUCAGGAAGGUGAAGGAAAGGUAUGAUCGGUACAAGGUCCAUGAUGUUGCUGCAAAUCUUGCCAGAACCACAGUCGACCCUCGUCUAUCGGCUAUCUAUAACAAGGUGUCUUACCUUGUUGGCAUUGACAAGCCAAUUGACGAGAUAGUGAAGAGCUUGUCCAAGGCCAGUCAUAUGCCCGAGAGAUCAAAGCUCAAGACCGUCUCCAUUGUUGGAUUUGGAGGGUUGGGCAAGACAACUCUUGCCAAAGCGGUGUAUGACACGCUUAACAAGAAAUUCGACUAUGGUGUUUUCGUCCCAGUGGGUCAGAAUCCUGACAUGAAAAAAGUUCUUGGGGACAUCAUUCAUGAACGACCUACAAAUGUGUACUAUUGCAUCAGUGAUGGAUGUAUGGCAACUCAUCAACCACCUGAGAAAUUUCCUUUCUAA